AUCCAGAAAAGUUGGUUGUGGAUAUUUUGCUGGAAAUUUCUACAGAGCAGCUAGCCCAGGUGGUUCUACCGUACAGUAUGUUUCGUUCAUUCAGGACAGGUCUCCAGCGUCUUGGGAGCUUAGAAUUAGAGUCCUACUAUGGCAGUAACUCUUCAAUAAGGGGGCUAGCCGCCAGGGCCCCCGCCGUUCCGGGGCUGGCCAUCAACGACAACAUGAUGCUCCAGAAAUCUCCUGUUCCUGUUGUCGGGGCGUCGGCCGAGACUUCCCGACCCCUCGUCCUCUUGCUUAGCUGGCUGGUUGCUAAGGAACGACACGUAAACAACUUCUCACGUAUCUAUUUGGAUCGAGGAUGUGACGUGUUAGUCGUUAAAAUGAAACCUAUGCAGAUCCUUCUACCGCAGUCAGGCUCACAGGUUGUGGCUCAGCGUGUUGUAGAUUUUCUACAGCUCGAGGACAAUCGUGAACGUCCUAUCUUUGUCCACUCCUUCAGCGUAGGCGGCUACCUCUAUGCCGAGAUCCUACAGAAGAUGAUCGCCGCGGAGAAAACCAAGGGAGAACUGACCGGUCGCGUGAUCGGUCAGAUCUACGACAGUGUCGUCGACCUGGACAAGGUAGCGUUCGGCAUCGCCAACGCACUCUUCUCCCAAAAGAUGUUACAGAAGAGCGUUGAAAGGAGCAUCGAUGCGUACCUGGCCAUGAUGUACCGACCGGCGACGCAGCAUUACACUCGAGCGUCCCGGCUCUUCUACCACAACCCCGUGAAAGCGCCCUCUCUGUUCUUCUAUUCGUACGCCGACCCUGUAGGCAGCGCCACGGCGAUAGAGAACUGUGUCAAGAACCUGCGUACCAAGAUGGGUCACGACAAAAUCUACACCAAGUCGUUCCAGAAGUCACGUCACGUCAGCCAUAUGCAUAAGCACAAGGAGGAGUACUUUUGCUCUCUGUAUAGUUUCUUUAGAGAAGUCCCGUACUUUGCAGACAAAGUAGAUCUCGAUGUAAGUGAGCAAAUUGAGACGAAAGCCAUCAAAUCAUAAUGCUGUAAUUGUGCUUUCCAUGUGGCAGGGUAUCUAUCCAAAAGCAAGUCUGUAUGUUUAAUGUUCAUAUUUUAUUCCUCUUUUCAUGUAACUUUGAACCCAUGUACACCUGUAUAGCCCUAGGCUAUUCUAUGCGAGUGCGUAUGCAUGCGUAAACUAGUCUACUCAACAAGAUAUUUUAUUGUUCACUGAGAAUGGAAGCUCACUUUUUUAGUACAUCAAGAGCAAAAUAUAUUUUUUAAUUGGUAAACUUAAAGACAGGCAUUUUUGUUUUAUUACUUCUUCUAUGAUGACAUUAAAAAACAAAACAAUUAAACGUCAUCAUUUCAAAGGUCAUUUUUUGUGUCAUUGUCGCCAUGCAUGUAAAAGUUGUCAUUUUCAUCUAUUUUAGUAAAUUUUUACUUCAUUCUUUCCUGCAAUGGCCUUGUUAUAGAAAUCUGUGAUUUAAAGCAGUAUUAUGUAAAGUGUUUUUAUUUUGAUACAUGUCAUAAUGUGUACCGCUACAGUGUAUGCACUUUGUUUUUCUCUCCGUAUGUUUCAUGGGCAUUAUAUGUGAGUAUUAUGAGCUUUUUAUGACGUAAUUAUUUCCAUGCUGAAUUUGACCUGCCUUUAAUAUUAUCAAACAUUCCCCUUGAUUAAUCUCAAAAAAUACAGUUAACAGCUGAAUUAUUCAUACCUCUUGUAAAUUAUUUUUUAAUUUCUUUUUUGAGUGGUUUGUUUCGUAACUCAACUUUUUUCCUGUAAUAAGUUGAGUACUGUAAUAAAAUUACAAUAAACAUUUAUUAUGUGCACAUAUAUGAAUAUAAAAGGCGCCUAUAGCGUAAAAUAUUUAUUUUUUGCUCAUGAAUAUGAAGCAUUACAAUUAAUUACAAUUUUACUUUGAUAUUAUGUUCUCUUCACAAUGUGUUCUGACUCGUUAAUGUCUUUUCAAUGACUUCUCUCAUAAUAUGUGGUUACAAAAUAUGGUUACCUGACGUACACUCCGGCGACAAAUUUCCCCGGGCUUUAUUUCAUUAGUUUGGUUUAGGGUACCGGUACCUAUCAAUAGUAUUGCAUUUAAAGCCCCACUGUCCUACUUGUAGCUACUUGCUCCCUCUAUAUAGAAAACUUCCCCAAUCGGUGCCUGUUGGUCCCCCAUGAUCCUCUUUUUCUUAUGUUAGUUGAGAGCUGAGUUAAUGAGAUAGCCACCUGUCAGUGACCUCGCUGUGUGGUCUUAUCCCUUCUGGCCCAGUAGUAUCGAGAGUCUUUAAGCCAUAACCCUAUAAAAGGUCAGUUAUUUUGGUGCUCUCUCUCAGCCCCCCGUGAUCUCGGCCAUAGAAUGAUGAAAAAGAAUUUAGUCAGUGUAGAAUUUUGACCAGAGUAAUUGUCGCUUGAGUAUAUAUGUAUAGUACUGUAUGUGUCGUGAAAUAGCAUUGAUUAUGUGCUCCUUGCCUCUUUGUUUUUUUAAAAGCCCUUCACAAUUACGUGAUUGAAGAAAUUAACAAAACAUUUUGGAUAAUACAUGUUUUUGAAUAAUUUUGUACUCGGUUAACAUAAUUUUCUUCAGAAUGUUGUUAUUCUUGCAAACUUUCUCUUUACGAGUCAUUUCAAAUUAUCUUUUUGGGUUUCGAAUUACUUGAAACAUGCACUAUAUAAAUUGCAUAUUUAGCGAACAAUAAGAUAUAAAGAAGAAUCAUACUUUUGUUAUCAAAGUCAUAUCCAGAAACUAAAAUACUUUUUUAGUAAUACUGAUAUACAAAUCAUCAACAGUAUAGAAUAAUCCUGGCCUCCUUAUAACAUAUGUACAUGUGUGUGUAUGACAUGAUGUUGAAAACUUGUCUCCUUAAGCAUUGCUAUACAUGUAUGAUGUAGUAAGACCUACUGUAUACAUAUUACGAAGCAUUUAAAAAUUAUGGAUCAAUUAAAACAGUAUGUUAUCUCAAAA